AUGCUCUUUCCGUGUUGCAUUUCACAGAUUUUAUUUGCCAGUCUAUUUUUGAGCGUCUCAAGCUGGUCUCUACCGUUCCAACCCGUGCAGAGGAAUCCUGUCAUAAGAUACGCGCGUCCUCAAAGACAUAUACUUCCACCCAAGCCGUGGCAGUCGGAACAGUCUGAGUGGGUCCGACUGAAACGUGAGCGUGACGAUCACGACUACGACCACGACUAUGACCGCGACCACGACCACGCCCGCGACCACAGAGGCACCAGCGGAGUCACGGGUCCGAUACACACGUUUGUCAAAACUGACAAGAACGCUAAUUACAAGUGGGGCGUCAGACAUCACGUGGGCAACCAGUACGCCUCAUAGCACAGCGUGUAUCGUUACUCUAUCACAAUGUACCUAGUGUUAUUCUUUGAUUUUAUUAUAGU